UCACUUGCCAAAUUUUCAUUGGAUAGUGAUAGAAGAUUCUUCAUUAAAAACUAAACUGGUCACCAACUUUUUGAGUCAGUGUGGCUUAUCCUACACACACUUAAACAUUCUGACACCAAAAGAAGUCAAAUUAAAGCCCGGACGAUCCUAACUGGUUAAAACCAAGAGGGGUAUUACAAAGAAAUAUGGGAUUGUCAUGGUUACGAAAAAACCUGGAUCCUGAAAUACAGCCUGGUGUUGUGUAUUUUGUUGACGAUGACAAUACGUAUGAUCUGAAGAUAUUUGCACAGAUGCGUAAAACAAAAAAGGUCUCUGUGUGGCCCGUUGGUCUUGUUGGAGGUCUCAGAUUUGAAAGUCCUAUUGUCAAAAAUGGAAAAGUGACUGGUUGGUUUACGUACUGGAAACCGGAUCGACCAUUUGCUCUUGACAUGGCUGGAUUUGCUGUCAACCUCCAACUUUUCUUCACGUAUCCUGAGGUGGAGUUCUCCAACUAUGUGAAGAGAGGCUUCCAAGAAUCUACUGUCCUCUCCGGCAUGAUGGUCACGCUGGACGAUCUGGAACCUCUUGCUGAUAACUGCACAAAGGUGCUGGUUUGGCACACAAGAACUGAGGCACCCAAACUCACAAGUGAAGAUAAGAUGAAAAGAAAAUUUGGCCUUGGAUCUGAUCCUAAUGUUGAAGUGUGACAGAUGUGGUCUUCCUAAUGAUGUUGGAUUGUGUAUACACUGCUUGUUUCUAUUUAUAACCCUUAUCGGGACAGUGGGGUAGCCUAGUGGUUAAAGCGUUUGCUCGUCACGCCAAAGACCUGCAUGAGUACAGUGUGUGAAGCCUAUUUCUGGUGUCCCCCGCUGUUCAUAGCUAAAAGCAGCAUAAAACUAAACUCACUGAGAGUUUUAUCGUAGUAUGGUUUCAUAUCCAUUGGCUGUUAACCAAUCAAAACUUAUCUAACUUAUCAGUGUCCUCCCAUAAGUUAGGCAUCCCAUUUGUCAGACACGUUAAAACAACAAAAGUUAUGAUUGGUUGCACUCAGGUACACUGCACUGUUACCUUUAUUAAGUAAUGGACUGAUCCAAAUUUAUGGAUAAUGACUUCAUUCAGCUUCUACAACAAAUUAAGGUAAUUUAACAAGAUUAUCUUAUUUAACAAGGAUGUUUAGUAGUACAAAAAUUAUCUUAUUUGCAUACUAAGCCAUGUAUGUAUAAGAAUAUAUUAAGCUAUAUAAUUAAUCGCAUUAUAAACAUGUGUAGUUCAGGCAAGCAACACAGUCAUUAUAGUGGCAGUUACCCAAGUUUAAGCAAAUGUCCCACAGCGUCAAGGAACUCCAUAGGAGUCUUGUCUUCCUCCAAACUGCCUGGAUUGUUGACUUCAGUUAGGCAUCAAGAUGACUACAUGUAAGGGAGUAACUCAAUUAGUUACAUGGAAAAUCUAUAAUCCUGUUUUGAUCAAAGUGAACAUUAUUAAAACAACCUGGGAGAAGCCAGUGAUUGAGGAAGUUGAUUAACAUAUGUAUUCUUAUCAAAGUAUUUCUGUACAAAAA